AUGUCAUUGCCAAAACCACCUCCUCUACCUCCACGGAGACCUACACCAACACCUCAACCUCCACAUGCAGAUACAGAGCCGGGACCACCUAUAUCUGAACCUGUAGCCGCCGAACCUCCUCCUCUUCCUUCCAAAUCACCUUCGACUUCUCGCACCCCUGACGCCACAAAGCUUGCCCAUGAUGAAGCAGACCAUCCUCGCCCUCUCGCUUCAGUUAUGUCAGACUACAUCAUUCUACCUCCACCUUUACCGCCCCGUGUACCAUCAGUAUCGAAGCCAAUUCCAGAACCUAUCUUAGUGAACGAAGGGAAUUCUAGAGUAAUUUCCAACCCAGUACCGAUUCCAGAUGAUCCACCUACAUCGAUUGCAAUCGCUGAUGGAGUUUUGACUUCACCUUCAUCGAGCGAGGUGACUUCUCCUGUGACUGUAGCUAUCACUCCAGCUACACCUCCUGACUCUCAGCCUAAUUCACCUACUUCACCCUCGAGCCUCUCUUUCGGUCAAUCAGUUGAAGAGAUGAAGACACCAAGACCACCCUCUCCCUCUGACAAUGCCGAUGCAGGUAUCUCGCAAACACCUCCUCGACCGGUGACUGAUCAAAGAGAACCACAUUCAUCACCCGUUCCACCUCCUUUACCACUUCGUAAACCCAACCCUCCUCCUCUCCCACUCAGGAACUCACGAACCACCAAUGUAGCUUUAUCAACUGUACCCACCCUGGGACCGAUGGUAUGGAGCAUAUCGAUGGUCUGCCUAGCCUAUAUGAGAGUAUCCUUUGUAACAUUACUCAUUUUUGGCAUACUGGGCUACAUGGGGAUGAAAAAAUUGGAAAAGACCGCUGAGGAGACGUUGAGAAAAGAGGAACCUGAAGAUCCGGGAGCCUCGAGAAGCAAUCGAGCCGCCGGCAAAGAGGCCGUGGAAUGGCUGAAUCACGCUUUGUAUGCUUUGUUCCCAUUGAUCUCGACAGAUGUCCUGACGCCUUUUGUGGAUCUGAUGGAAGAUGCUCUAGCGGGACAAGUGCCUCCUGUGGUGACAUCUGUCAGACUCACCUCGCCUGCCCUAGGUUCACAACCCGUCUUACUCACCUCUCUUAUUCCUAUAUCGGACGAAGAAUGGUUCUCAUCUUUAUCAGUGCCCGAAGAACCCGUCAAGAACGUCUUGCGAAAGAGGGAAAGGGGCAAAUCGGAAAACGGAAAAGCGAAACACAACAGAAAUACAUCGAGUGUAUCGUGUGUCUCCGUAGAAGGUAGUACAGAGAUGAAUACAUCUAGAUCUACUACUUCCAGUGGCGGGUCGACUACUUAUGGGGCGGAUGAACAGGCCAAAGAGGCAGUGAGAAGAAGGAAAAGAGAUAAAAUAUUACAAAGAGUCUCUAGGAAGGGAGCACCGAUGGAUCACCAAAAUAAAAUAGAUGGGAGUGAUGAUCUGCGACAACACGAACAAGAACAAGGCGUUAAUGGACAGAGAAAGCAUGUUGGAGAGAAUAAUGAGACGUUUAAUAUGAACGAGGAUGAUCCGAACGCUGGUCAGUAUGUGAAUUAUCAAAUCGGCUUCGAAUAUAGAAGGUCUAGGGAUGCUGAGAAGAAGGGAAGAGGAUUACAUUGUUUGGCAUAUUUUGGAUGGGGAAUAAAAGGAGUAGCAGGAUCUGAGAUACCAGUUUACAUCGAUGUGCUAUCAAUUAAAGGGAUUGUGAAUCUACGAUUACUACUCUCUGCUACACCACCUUUCGUCAGAACCGGUACAUUCUCAUUUCCCAAGUUGCCAGAAUACGAUGUAUCUGCUCAACCACUUAAGAAGGGAGCCUUCAACGCUAUGGAGUUACCGGGAAUGAAGCAAUAUGUCAAACAGUCGAUAACGGAAGUAGCCUCAGCUUUUGUAUCCCCUCAAUCUUAUACCCUCGACCUCGAUCGACUACUGCUUGGUCAAGAAAGUGCCUUGCGAACCACCAAUAUAGGUGUGUUGAGAAUAAUAAUCCACAGCGCUGAGGACUUGCCCAAAGUCGAUACGAUGGGAUCGUGUGAUCCAUACGUAUCGAUCGGGAUGAGUAAAUAUCACAAACCGGUGUUUAGUACGAGGACUAUUAGGGAUAGUAGGGAUCCGAAAUGGGAGGAAGAGGCGUUUGUCCUGGUAUCGUCCGAUGCGAUCGAAGCUGGCGAAAGAUUACGAAUUAAAGCGUGCGACUCUGAUCGAUUCUCCGCGGAUGACGCAUUGGGAGUGGUUGAAGUGGAUAUAUCAGAUUUGGUCGAUACUCAUUCAUCCAAAUUGUUUUUCAAGACAGACGACCUCAAAGAGGAUACACCGGGUAUGAAAUGUUCAGGAAGAUUGAAAUGGUCUGUCCAGUUUCACGGAUUAUGGCAAAUGUCCUCUGAGAAGAUCAAGAAACGUUCAAUGGAGACUAAUGCCCUUCAAGAUGAUAUCAAUCCGCCUGAGAUUCACCAAGUACCAUUUUGGAUGGAGAUGCUCAGUAAAAUUAUAGAUAAGAACGAUGAGAAGUGGUACAAGCUUCGACAAGAGAAGAGAAAAGAGACAUCGGCUUGGUUUAAUGGUGAGAAAGAGAGGGAUAGGCUGGAAGCUGAGGAGAAACCUGAUGAAGGAUACAGAAGUGGGAUAUUGCAGUUCCAUGUCCAUCAGUGUAUAGAUCUCGAAGUUGAACCCCUAUCAGGAACCUACUCUUCCCAUACCACCUCAAGAAACUCCCCGGCAGGUGGUAAACCCGCCCUGGAAUCACUGACUGAUCGCACUCCGGUAGAAAAUCCUGACCCACCUUCAUCAUACUGCGAAGUUCACCUAAACGAUAAGCUCAUUUACCGUACUCGUACCAAACAAGUCACGCCUCUACCAUAUUUCAACGCAGUAAGCGAACGCUUCGUAAGAGAUUGGACGGAAAGCAAGGUUGUUUUCGUCGUACGGGACGAAAGGAAUAGGGAACAUGAUCCGAUACUUGGUAUAGUGGUUAUACCACUUAAAGAAGCCUUCAAGACUAGAAGUCAAUUUACAAGGUGGUUCCCUCUAGUAGGUGGAUUAGGCUGGGGUAGAAUUAGGAUAUCGUUACUUUGGAAACCUCUCGAUAUGGAAUUACCUAGAGGUAUAUCAGGAUAUGAAGUUGCCACAUUCCGAUUGAAGGGUUUAGCUUUUAGUUCACUUGGUAUUGGACCACAGUCCGAAAAAGGUUUAACAGUCAUACUUUCGACAGAUUCAGAUAAGUACGAAUUAAGUACUUCAUCCGAUCAAGUAUCAUCUUCAACUACGAAUACCCCUACAUCAGCUAGAACAAGUUUAGAAAGAAUACAAUCUCCUUCAAAAGUAUCUUUAGAUGAAGAGAUAGAAAUGGAAUUUGAUCUGAGCUCUAAGCAUGUAAGAUUAGCUAUGAUGUAUAGACAUUCAUGUUCGUUACUCGUUACGUUGAUUCAACGAUCGAGUGUGUUGAAGAAGAAGAGGAUAAUGGGCAUCGGAUUGGUCAAUCUGAGGAAGAUGCUGGAUGGAAAUGGAGAUUGUAAAAUCGGGAUUUGGGGUACUGAAAAUGUAGAAAAAGUUAUGAGAUCUCAAGAAUUACUGGAUCAAGAGGAUGAUGAUGGGACAGACGAGGGCGAGGGAAGAUUGAUGAGUCCACCUUUAAGUGUGGGAGUGGAGAGGAAACCAAGUUUUAGAAGAAGAAUUGCAGAAAGGAGAUCAUGGCCUGAUUCACCUGCUUCCAUCAGAGAAAGGUCGAAAUCUAUCUCAGGGUCUUCCAUCAAUUCUACAAGAACCUCUCGUAGUGGAGUCAACGGAGUACCGUUGUUGGGGUAUGCUGAAGUGAAGUUUAAGAUUAUACCUGGAGUUAGUAGAGUGCAUAGGAAAGUGGCUAAAAGAGAUAUGAGGUUCAAGAGGGUAUAUGAAGUCUGGGAGAGCGAAAGAGAAGUGGAAAUGGGUUGGGAUAAGAUGAAUGAAGGUGAGAGGGUUAGGAGUGAAUUGGAAGCGAUAGAUGGGAAGAGUGAUUCUGAUGGUGAAGAACAAGAUGAAGGUGGUAGUGAUAGUGGAGAUAGUGGUAGUGAUGUUGAAGAAGAAGAUAAUGAGGAUGAGGACGGGAAGAGAGAUUUGGUGGAUGACUCUGAAGAUGAAUUGGAGGUGGAAAAGAAGAUGUCGGAGAGGAGAGCUCAUUCGCAUGCUUUGCAUAAACGGCACAAAGGUAUCUUCCAACUCAAGAUCGCUCGGACCGGCCGUUAUGUCAAAGAUAAAUUCAGUUCCAAAGUAUAUUCUGCGGCGCAUAGUGGAGGGAAUAAAGAUCAGAGUAGGAGCAGAGGAGCGGAUUUGGAAGUUGAACGUGAAGGUAUUUCGAAGAUGUAA